AUGGCCAUGGACGACGCGGGACGCCGGGACUUGCCCACGGACGUCCUGGUGGACAUCCUGCUGCGGCUGCCCCCGAGCACCCGCCGCCGGGUCCGCCUCGUCUGCAGGCUCUGGCGCGACGUCGUUGACGAGCGCACCUCGGAGAUGCAGAGCCGCGCCACGGCCCUCCUCUGGGAUUCCUGGGACGCGGUCGCCUACGUCCUCGACGACCUGUCCAAGUCGUCGACAGGGAACUGCAGAGAGCUGUGGAGGCAUAGCACCUACGGAGAACUUGUGGGCACCUGCAACGGCCUACUCUGCCUGUCCGACAUGAUGACACCCGGCGGCACCGUCACCUUGGUCAACCCGGCCACCGACGAGACGCUGUCAGUCCCACAGCUGCCGUGUCCAGGCCAGUUCAGGAUUAACUGGUACAAGGCGUAUAGCUUCGCGUACCACCCUACGUCCGGACAGUACAAGGUGGUGCACGUCCCCUGCAGCAUUGACCGGAUGCCCAUGUUCGGCACCGUACAUGUGCUUACACUAGGGGAGGCGUCGUGGCGAGAGGUUACUACCGGCCCCGAGCAAGACGGGUGGUGCGAGUGCGACCUCAGCGCCGGCAUCGUCAGCGUCGAUGGCACUACAUAUUGGGUCAUGGGGCCACACUUUGUGUAUGGCGAGUACGUCUUGACGGAGGAGAAAGGAUGGAUAUGCAGGCACUAUAGGCGGAAAGGUAUGUGGUCAUCCAACAAGGCGGUGCCGGUGCUGGUCAGCCACAGGGCUCAGGGGAUGCUGCUCGCGAAGACACCAAGCAGCUGGUGCCGGACAUUUCCUUAUGUCGAGACAAUGGAGCCACUUAGCAUUUAUGUUGCUAAUUGUUAA